AUGAGCUCAACGAGUCAUGAUUUCAAAGAGCUAUGCUUCUGGUGCAGGCUAGGGGACCUGGAGAAUGUUGAUAGGCUCAUUUCAAAAGGUGUCAAUGUGAAUAGUAUCGAUGAAUUCAACAAUUCUCCUCUUUUUCUCGCCAGUUUGUGUGGCCAUGAAGAAUUGGUUAAGCUUCUGUUGCAACGUGGAGCCGUAUGCGAUAGAGAUAGGCAUGAGGGAGCACGUUGUAUAUACGGGGCCCUAAAUGAUUCUAUAAGGAAUAUUCUGCUAAAGUACGAUAUCUCUAAAGCUGUUGAUUUAAAGCAGCCCUUUGCCUCACACUUAUCUUCGCAACUAAGCGACACUUCUCUCAAAAGCCAUGACAUUAUUUUGCGUUUUGCCAACAAGAAAGAAAUUAGGUUACACCGAUUUCUUCUCGCUACGAGAAGCAACUACUUUGCGCAACAAUUACACGGACCUUGGUCUGGAUAUACCGUCGCCGAAAUGCCCCAGGAUGCACCUCCUGUCGCUAUAGACAUUAUAUCGGGGUAUGUGUAUCUUGUUCCACUUUUACACAAUCUGAAUAAACAAGAGAGCGACUGGUUGUUGCAGUUUUGCGAGGAACUCGGCUUUUCUAGUCUUGCUGACUUCGUUAAACGUUCAAGGCUCUUGGCCGACCAAGCUCAAAUCACGAAGUUAAUGACCGAAUACCAACACACUUUUACUGAAGAGGCAAGGGGGCAGAUGGGGGCGCUUGUCGAGGAUAUAUUCAAGCAAAGGUUGAAAGUAAAGUUGAUUGACGAGUUCCCAACCUCGCGUGUAGACAUUCCGAGAGAAGGCUCCGUCAUUCCCGAUGUCUAUGUGUUGGUAAAGAACAGCGAUGAAGCAAAAAGUGGACUCCUCUACCCUUGCCACAGGUCGAUACUUGCCAGAUCAGACUAUUUUCAUGUGAUGUUCUCUUCAAGUUUUGGAGAAGCUUCAUCUUACCAGCUAACAACGGAGGGUGUGGUCGACAGGACCAGCCCAUUUCCAGUCGUUUCAUUUCCAAAUUGUGAACCUUCAGUAGCAGAACUUAUUCUAUGUUACCUUUAUUUUGACAAAACAGAUGUUCCAUGGGAACUUGCUAUCGCGGUCUUAAAGGCGGCAGAUUCCCUCAUGAUCGAUCGUCUCAAGACAAUGGCAGCGGUUUCAAUAACUCAAUCAAGCGAAUUUCUCAGCGUUUACUCAGUUUUCGACAUACUUCAUACAGCCUGGGAGUUUAGACUUGAGAGAUUAGAACACCACGCGGCAAAAAUAAUUGCCGACCAGAUUGGAUACUAUACUUCUCAACCACAGCUCAAAGAGGUAAUCUUAGAAAGUUGCGAUAGACUGCAGGCACGAGAGGAAACAGACACUAUCGAGUUGGUAGACGAUAUCAGAUAUUAUCUUAUGAAAAAAUAUAAUGUUGAUGCUGACGAUUUAGAUGACUUGAAAUGGAGUGAAAAUUUAAAAGGCGGUUUCGAAGAAAGUGAGGAGCUCAGGUUGUACCAGCACGAUUACAUAAUGCUCGAUGAUAUUUUGCAAGAAUUGGGUCUUGAAGCCUGA